UCUUUCUUUCUCUUUGAAAAAAUUAUCAAUGGUUUCUUCAAAUGGAAACAGCACAACAACAAAACCCAAGAGAAAAAUUGACAUCAAGAAAAUAGAACAAUUGAACAAGUUACAAGUGAGCUUCUCAAAACGUAAAUUAAGACUCUUCAACAAAGUUACCGAACUAUCCAUUAUGUGUCAGGCAAAAACCGCAAUGAUCAUCACUUCACCAAACGAAAAACUCUAUGCAUGUGGUUAUCCAAAUUCUGACUCCGUCAUUAACCAAUUUAUCGCUUCGGAAAACAACGUUGUUAUCGACAACGAAAAAAAAAAACAAGAUGAGGAAAUAUUUGAAACACUAAGGUUUCAAUACGAGGAACUUCAAGAAAAGUUGAAAGAAGAGAAGAAUAUUUUAUUAAAAGAGAGAAAUAAAGGUGAUGCAUGUUUUACUUCUUGGUGGAAUCAUUCUAUUGAUGAUAUGUCUUUUGAAUCUCUUGAAAAAUUUAAGAACUCUUUAGAAAAUUUGAAGCUUAAUAUAGUUACAGCUUUAGAAGAAAAAAGAGUUAACUCGAUCUAUUCAACUCAACCACACCAAGAACGUAUCAAGCUAUUAAAAUCUUGA